CGGCCAUUGAACCAAAAGAAGAAGAAGAAGAGAAGAGAAGCUAAGAGAAGAGAAGCAGGAACAGACAGCAUAAUUGGGGGAAAUCUUUCUUAAAUAAACACGGCCACCACACUGACAUAUUAGCCCUCUCCCUGCACUUUGUGAGGCCCUGAUGACCUGUGUGAAGCUGACGUAACACCUCCAGUCUCUGUGAACCAGGAAUCACAAUUCUAUCCUCAUACAGCAAAGUCCAUCAAUUUCAGAAAGUUUUAUUUCAUCUUCCCUACUCUUCACCCACCCUGGAGCCCAACAAGAGCCGUGGACAUCCAGCAGCUUUGCAACAAAGAUAUAGGAAUGGUAUACUUGAAGGAGGUGAUCCAUCUGUCUGGACAUGGCUCGGGAUUUCAAACCUGGUGAUCUGAUUUUUGCUAAAAUGAAGGGUUAUCCCCACUGGCCUGCAAGGAUUGAUGAGAUUCCAUAUGGAGCUGUCAAACCAUCAAAUAUAAAGUUUCCUAUCUUCUUUUUUGGCACUCAUGAAACAGCAUUCUUGGGUCCGAAAGACAUCUUUCCCUAUUUGCCUAAUAAAGACAAAUAUGGCAAACCUAACAAAAGAAAGGGCUUUAAUGAAGGCUUGUGGGAAAUUGAAAACAACCCUAAAGUGGAGCUUAACGGACAUAAGAUAAUGAAUGCUGGAGCAGGUUCUGUUGAGGAUUUAAGCAGCAGUCAAGAGGGGGAUGAUGAGAAGAGAAAGUCUGCUCAAGUGGCUGGCAGUGAGGAGGAGGAGAACGAGGAGGAGGAGGAGGAGGAGGAGAAGGAGAAGGAUGAUUGUGGUGACAUGGAGGUUUCUGAUCAGGGACAUAUGAAAGAUGAAGACCUGUCACAGAAAGAUACCACAAAUGUCUCUGCCAAAGAUAAAAGAGGAAGGAAGAGAAAGAUUGAAGCUGAACGAGACUCUGAUACAGAAAACUCAAGCCCCACUUCAAGUGCUCCUGGGUUAGAUUUAUUAUCAGCAGGUGGACCAGUUCCAUUACUAAAGCGCAGAGGAAGGAAACCUAAAAUGGAGAAAUCACUGCUGCUGCAGCAACGAGCUUCAAAGGAGCCACUGAGGUUAGGAAAAGAUGGAAAGAGAGAUGACAGAAAAGGAGACAAGAGAAAGGACGUUUCUGCAGAGUCCAGACUGCAGAAGUUGCAUGGGGAUAUUAAAACAUCUUUGAAGAUUGAUCACCUUGAUGUGAGGAAAUGUUUAGUUGCAUUGGAUGAGUUGAGUUCAUUGCAUGUUACUACUCAACAUCUUCAGAGACACUGUGAACUCAUAGCUACUCUUAAAAAGAUCCGCAGGUUUAAAGCCAGCCAGGAUGUGAUGGACAAAGCCACAAUGCUUUAUAAUAAGUUUAAAAGCAUGUUUUUAAUGGGAGAAGGAGAGUCAGUGCUCAGUCAAGUGCUCAACAAAAGUCUGACUGAACAGAGACAGUUUGAAGAGGCCAAGAGGGGAGUGCUAAAAAACACAGAACAGACCAAAGAGCAGAAAGAUACCAAGAUUUUGAAUGCAGACUUCAACCCUGAAGAGGAUGCUGAGACAGCAAAGGACAUAUCAAGAGAGAAUAUCUUAUCUGUGGUGAAAAACAAUGUGACUAAUCCUUCAGAGGUGUCUGUCUGAAGAUGAUUGUUCACCAAAGAGCCUCCAGUCUCGGCUGCCCAGUGGAAGAUUUAGUAUUGCCAGCAUCCUACAGAUAAUUUUUACACAUUCAGUUUCCCACCCAUUCUGUAAAGACAAAGAUACAUUCCCGGAUGGAAUUUAAUCUAAGCAGCUGUUUUCAGCUGAAGUUAUUUCAAUCCAGAGAGCUCUGUUAGAAUUAUUGUUUACCAAUACAACCAUGAUAAGCCUUUAAAGAAAGGAAGGAAGGAAAUAAAUAAAUACAAAGCUAUUUCAUAGUAAUUGCAAAUACACAAGUUAUUUUAAUUUCAGUAUAUUUUAGUUAUGUUUACAAUACCUACUUAUUAGCAUGUGUUAAAUUCAAGUUUUAGCUUGAUUCUGUUGUUUAUUAUUUUAAUAAUCAAGUUUAGUUGAUUCUUGCUUGUUUCACCAUUCAUGCUCAUAAGACUGCUGUCAUAAAACUUGUUUUAGCCUUAAUAAAGGUUACCUCAGAACCUC